UUGUUUCUGAUCUAAAGACGAGAUAAGGAAUCCCCACUCCCCUUAGAUCUCUCUCUGUCCCUUUGCCCUUGUGUUCUGUCUUUAUUGUCAUAUAUGAUAAAUUUCAUCACAUAUCCUCAAUAUCUAAAUACACUUCCUUUAUUAUUAAUUAUUAUUUUUAUUUGUACAACCUUGUUAAUUCCGAUUCAUCAAUGAUUCUUCUACUUAAUUUCACCUCUCGGAACAGUGAUCCUUAUUUCUUGGAAACCAAUUGACUUCUCAGUUCCCAUAUUUCAACGCUUUUAAGCUGUCUAGACUCUGGACUUACAUGUUUAUUUAACAACUUUUUUUUAUAUAAGCAGCCUGUUGAGUAUGAUCAAGCUGUGAUCUUUAUAUCCCAAGGAGCAGCAGUUCACAAGAUUUUCUUUUGAGAUGGCAACUCCUGUGGAGCCUCCAAAUGGGGUUAGAACCUUAGGGAAACAUUAUUAUAGUAUGUGGCAGACUUUGUUUGAGAUCGAUACUAAAUAUGUUCCGGUUAAGCCUAUUGGACGUGGGGCGUAUGGCAUUGUUUGUUCUUCGAUUAAUAGAGAAACUAAUGAGAAGGUAGCAAUUAAGAAGAUUCAUAAUGCAUUUGAUAAUCGGAUUGAUGCUUUGAGGACGUUACGAGAACUGAAGCUGCUUCGGCAUCUUAGACAUGAUAAUGUGAUUGGCUUGAAGGAUGUUAUGAUGCCUGUUCAGAGAAGAAGUUUUAAGGAUGUUUACUUGGUUUAUGAACUUAUGGACACCGAUUUGCAUCAGAUUGUCAAGUCUUCUCAAGCACUUACAAAUGAUCAUUGCCAAUACUUCCUCUUUCAGCUGCUUCGAGGACUCAAGUAUUUACACUCAGCAAAUAUUCUUCACCGUGAUCUAAAGCCUGGUAACCUACUUAUCAAUGCAAACUGUGACCUCAAAAUCUGUGACUUUGGUCUUGCUCGCACGAGUAGUGGUAAGGACCAAUUCAUGACCGAGUAUGUGGUCACUCGUUGGUACAGAGCCCCUGAGCUACUUCUUUGUUGUGACAAUUAUGGGACAUCCAUCGAUGUGUGGUCUGUUGGCUGUAUUUUUGCUGAGCUUCUUGGGCGGAAACCAAUAUUCCCUGGAACAGAGUGCCUUAACCAGCUUAAACUCAUAAUCAAUAUUCUGGGCAGCCAGAGAGAAGAAGAUAUUCAAUUCAUUGAUAAUCCAAAGGCGAGAAAGUUUAUCAAAUCACUUCCAUAUUCUCUUGGCACACCAUUUUCUCGCCUUUACCCUAAUGCCCAUCCUAUGGCAAUAGAUCUGCUGCAGAAGAUGCUUGUCUUUGACCCUUCGAAGAGAAUUAGUGUUACUGAAGCACUCCAGCAUCCUUACAUGUCUCCUCUAUAUGAUCCCAACUCUGAUCCUCCAGCACAAGUCCCAAUCAAUCUUGAUAUAGAUGAGGAUUUAGGAGAAGAUAUGAUACGGGAAAUGAUGUGGUUCGAAAUGCUUCAGUACCAUCCUCAAACUGCUGAAGCUAUUAGCGGGGUAACCUCAUGAUCUUCAUUGGAAAAGUCUAAACACUUUAGUUAUGUUUAAACUAUUUUGCAUAUUUGCUUCUAUUAUCGUCUUAAAUCAUGAAAAUAAUGCAGUAGCAGUUUGUGUUGCUAUAGCAUAGCAAUUACUAAACGCUUGUUUCGAGCUUCAAACUCUUCAGGCCAGGUGCAUUUGCAAUUUGUACAUAAGUGUGUGAUAAUUCUAAACCCUUUUUGUUCAUUGUACAUUCUAUGGAUAUGUAAUACAUAUAUAUGAGACUAUCUCCCCAUCUUUUGUAAGAAAGCAGCAGCACAAGUUUAUGUUUUUUUUGUUA